UUGAAUGAAAUCUCUAUGACAUUUAAGGAUAAUUAUUCCAGAGGUCAACAAACUAACAUAUUAAUCGUUUACAAUAUAAAACCGUAAAUCGGUAAACUAACGAAAAUAGUAUUUAUUGUUUAACAUGUCAUUAAGCGUCUGACGAGUAACGAUAAACAAGUUAUGCCACUACUGAAUAAGAAUUUUAGAUUAAUUAGUAGUCAAUUCAAUAUUUCAAUGUGGGCUGUCGAAUUACCUGCUAAAUGCUAAUUUGAAUGUAUAGAACUGCUAUAUAAAAACAAAUACCAUAAAUGGUUAUCAAACAUGAAAUAGAUAACAGGUCAUGAUAAAUCUAUAGGUAUGUCUACUACUUGUGUUAUCAAUUUUUACAAUAUGGCUGAUGCUUUCCUUUAGUAAGAAAUUGAAGUGAUCGCAUGGAAACCCGGGAAGCCAUUUUGCGACUAUCACAAAUUGAGGACAUACCUGUUUAUUUAUCGAGGCAUACUUUCACAGCUCUUAAUAACCAAAGUAUUUAUCCAUAAACAUUUUAUUAUUAUGUUAUCAAGUCUUGUGUAGUUAUCACAUUUUAUAAUGGGCUGAACGCUGAUUAAAAUUAUAAAAUUAGUAAAAACUAUGAAAACUGCUAACUACCGAGUGCUGAAUAAUGACUGUAAACAACUAUACUAUAUCCCAGCAAUAUACUCAUCUUCUAUAACAAUUUAAGUUUUUAACAAUUGAAUUCGUCUUAAGUUUUUGAUUUUCGACUUCUAUUUAACAAAGUAUUGAUUGUCGGAAAGUACCUUACCGGAAAUUAUCUUUAACUUAAAAAAAAUAAGAUCAUACUCAUGUCGGACAUAUUAAAAGUUAAACAAUCAAUUAAAACUGGACGUAAGGUGUCUAUUGAUUCAUAUUAUGGAAUUGUUCGAUAUGUUGGACCUAUUCCAGGAACUGAAGGGAUUUGGGUUGGAGUUGAGUGGGAUGAUCCACUUAGAGGUAAACACGAUGGUAUUUACAAUGGUACUAGAUAUUUCAAAACUACACAUACAAAUGGAGCUUCAUUCGUACGACCUGAAAAAGUUACACUUUGUGAAGUUAGUUUUUUAGAAGCAUUCAAAAAUAAGUACGGUAAAAAUUGUGAUCCAAUUAUUGAUGAAGAAAUAUCUGCAAUUAUAAAGCAAUCAAAAAUGUCAUUGUUUGAAGUUGUUGGAAUGCAAAAACUCCAGGAAAAACAAAUGAAUUUUAAUCAGUUAACCUAUGUAAAUUUGAACCAUGAAUCUAUUACAAGUGCAGACAAAUUUGGAGAAAUAGAAGAAUGCUGUCCACAGAUAACAGAUUUAGAGCUAUGUAGUAAUUGUUUUUCAAACUGGGAAACUGUUUCUCAAAUAUGCAAGCAGUUGAAACAUUUAACUAGCUUGAACUUAAGUUUUAAUAUUAUAGAAAUGCCAUUAGAUUGUAAAAAGUUGAACGAUUCUUAUAAAAACUUAAAACAAAUUAUUCUAGGUAAUUUAAAUUAUAGUUGGAAUAAUGUCAUGUGUUUGUGUUCAGCUUUUCCUCUUCUUGAAAUAUUAGAAGUUCCUGAUAAUAAUAUUGGUGAAUUAGAAACUGCUACGCAUACCAUUAAUAAUUUAGUAUUUCUAAAUUUGGAAAACAAUCAUCUUUCCUGGUCAGAAGUUAAUAAACUCAGCUCACUCACGAAAUUAGAAUGCUUAAACUUAAACCAAAAUAAAAUUUCUGCUAUCAGUGUGUUGCCAUCAUCUUUUCCAUCGCUGAAGUACUUAAUGGUUAGAGAUAAUAAUAUUCAAGAUAUGGAGUCAGUAAACGAAUUUAACAAAUUGGCAUCACUCACUUCUCUAAGUAUUCAAAACAAUCCACUCCUCAAAGGAAUGACUGUUGCAAAUUACACUUUGCAAAUAGUAUCGAGGUUAUCAACUCUGACAACAUUAAAUGGAACUGCAAUCACAAUAAUUGAAAGAAAACACUUUGAAAGAGAUUUUUUAAAGGAAUUAGAUAUAAUAUGGCAUAGACAGUUAAACAAUGAUGAAGAAAGAAAGGAUUUUCUCCUAAAAUACCCACGUUACUUAGAACUUACUGCAAAAUAUGGUUCCGAUUAUUCAGAAGACAUUAACACGUCAAACAAAAUCAAGACUAUAAGCAUUAAAUUAGUGAGUUUUUGUAAAGAAUCGAAUGUAAAACAUAACAUGAAAACAAAAACUCUGCCUGUGACCAUGACUCUUAAUCGAUUAAAAGAGUUGAGCAAACGAUUAUUUAAUUUAGGAAAUAAACCAUUAGAAUUCACUUACUCAACAUUACAGAACCCAGAUGUUGAAUACACUAUGAACAAUAUGAACCAAUCAUUAGAUUAUUAUUCUGUUGAAAAUAACGACACAAUUUUUAUAAAAUGGUAAAAUAAGAUGAUUGUAGCUAUGUUACAAAGUUUUAAAUAUGAUAUUUAUUUUUAAUUUUUUAAAUAAUAUAAUAAAGAUAAAAUUACAACAAAAUUAAUGUAAUACUAAUAAUUUUCUACAUUAUGCAGCAAAUUGUGUUAUUUCAAAAUGCCAGCCCUGUCUUAAUGUUCUAAUAAUUAUACACAUCCCAGUCGUGAUACACAUAUAAAUUCUAAAUAUGUUGCAAUUUUGCAUCAGCACU